UUUCAAAUCGUCGCCGCGUCGUUUCCUUAUUUAUACGCGUUAUUUUCUUCCCUUUUCUACACAGGCACACGCUAAAACAUAAUAAACACACAGUAAUGCGAGCCAAGACGUUGGAAAUCAACUGGCACGAUGGACAAGCCAUCUACUCUGUCGAUUUCUCUUCUGACGGAACACGAAUGGCCAGCGCAGGCGCAGACACUUCUGUUCGGUUGUGGAGCAUGAAGAGACGACCCGAAGUCAAACUAGAUAAUAGCAACAAGAAAAGCUUUGAGAAGAAGAUCGAGUCAUUUCCAGUACAUAUAGAUUUCUUGUCUGAAUUGAAACGUCAUGCUGCUCCCGUCAACGUGGUUCGGUUUUCGCCGUCAGGAGAAUAUCUUGCUUCAGCAGGGGACGAUUCAUGUGUGAUUUUAUGGAAAAAGGCGUUGACACAAGAGUCAGCUUUUGGAAGAGAAUAUGCCGAAUUUGAAAAGGAAACCUGGUCUGUAGUGCAAUUGUUUCAUGGACACAGCAAAGAAAUCUAUGAUUUAGCGUGGUCCCCGUGCAGUCAAUUCUUCAUUACAGCAUCUAUUGACAAUACAGCACGCAUAUGGAGUAUUAGUACGCGGAGCGCCAUUCACGUUCUUACAGACCACACCCAUUAUGUACAAGGCGUAACUUGGGAUCCAAUGGGACAAUAUGUUGCAACGCAAAGUAGUGAUAGAUCUGUGGCUAUAUACAAAUAUCGCAAGGAAGGACCGAAUCGGUUAAAACUGAGCGGCUGCUCAAAACGACAUCAUCGCAUGAACAAACCUAAACCAGCUGCAGCUAUGAACGAAGAUGUGGCACCAACAACAACUACUAUAACAGCAGCUCCAACUGCUUCUUCUACUGCAACCACAGUGCCAUCGUUUCGCAUGUACCACGAUGAAAAUCUAGUGACUUUCUUCCGGCGCCUCUCAUUCAGUCCUGAUGGAGCAUUUCUGGUCACACCUGCAGGAUUGUGCAAGAGCUUGGAUACUGCGAUAGCUACCACAACCACUAACAAUAAUAAUACUACUACUACCAGCGACUCUGCUAUUACUACUACUAAUAUUACUACAACAGCAACAACAACAAAUGGCAAUAGCAAUGAAGAGGAAGGGGAUGAUCUUGCAAACUGCGCCUACUUAUACCCUCGGAAUACACUGCUAAAACACCCAAUGGCGUACACAAGUAACCACAACAAACCGUCGAUCGCAAUCCGAUGGUGUAGUGAUACAUAUGAGCUCCGCUCGUCUGCCAAGCGAAGCAUGUUCGGAUUGCCGUAUCGAUUGAUCUAUGCUGUUGCAAGCCAAGAUGCCGUGUAUAUCUACGAUACCCAACAAGCAAUACCGCUGUGUGUCAUUUCGGGCAUGCAUUUUGCACCUAUCACAGACAUUGCAUGGUCUCAUGACGGAAGCAUACUUGUUUUUUCAUCUGCAGAUGGUUAUUGCUCGGCAGUUGUUUUUGACGAGAAUGAACUUGGCAAGGCAAAUGCACGAAAACCAACUAUGGAUAUUGCUGCUGCAACCACUGCUACCACAACGACGUCGACCAUGACUGCUGGUGGUCCUUCCGAGGAACAUGAUAUUGAAAUGAUGGAUAUUACCUCUCCUCCGGAGAAACAGCCACGGCCAGUAAAUAUCUUGACUAGCUUAAUCAAGCCAGCGGAAAAAAGGAGCAUGCAAGUCACAAGUAAUACGCAAAAGAAACGGCGGAUUGCACCCACGUUGAUUAGCACCAUCACUACUAGCAGCAGCAGCACUACUACUGCUACCGCCUCAUCAUCAUCUUCAUCACAAUCAUCUUCAUUGCCAUCAUCGUCUUUAUCGUCACAAUCAAUUUCGUAAAGCCAAAAACAAUUUAAUUACACAAAAAGAAGAAAAAAAAGA